AGGUGCGCAGAGGCCCUCCAGGAUGUGGAACCAGAUGCCGGUGCGCUGCGCGCGCUGGGCCACAGGGCGCCGGUGCUCGCAGACGAACGUGGCGCGUCCAGGCGGACCUCCACCCAGUUGUUGAGAGCGCAGCGGCCACGAAGAUGGUGACGAAGCCGAACUGCAGCACCGCUGGUGGGCGGCGGGGGUCCCCGCCGGGCCUCGCCCGCACCCCGUGACCCCUGCCCGCGCCUCUGGAGAGGGCUCCAGCUUCUGGCUACACCUGCCCCUCCCGCUCUUAUCCUGUGGACUGAGCUCCAGGCUCCCUCCCCCAGGAAGCUUCCCGACACUGCCCCCGAGGGGCUGGAAGAGGUCAGGGACUGUGCACCUGGCCUCCCCAGUGCUGGGCCCCUCCUGGCCGGGUGCCCCAGAAACCUGCCUCUGAUUUGAGGACUGGCUCCCUGCCUCCGGGAAGCUUCGGGAAAUGGCUCCGGGAAAGAGGUUCCUGGGUCUUCCGUGCAGUCACUGCCGGGAGCACCAGGCCCCACUGCCUGCUGCCCAGUGGGGCAGGACACAGAGCCAACCCCCCUCGCGGUCACGAGAAAGCAAGGCUCUCCUGGCGGCUGUCCACCCUUUUAUCCGUAGAUGCCACUACUGUUACCCUUGUAUGUCUUCUGGGCCAGGGAGGCCAGAGCAACAGGCUGGGCCAAUGUGACACUGACAUUACGGGUGGGCCCUGAUGUGGUCUAUCAGACCACCGGCUGGCAAAGGCACAGUUGAGGGUCCGAGUGCGGGCACUGAGGACACUUCCGGAGAAAGUCCAGUCCCCAGGCCCGAGCCUGGUCUCCCAAGCACCCCACUGCUCUCCUCCCACCGAGGCUGUGGCCCUGGCCUUCUGGGAGGGGACACAGAGGCCUCUCCAGGAGAGCUCCGUCGAUGGCCCCGGGUCCCCUUCCGGCCUCUGGAAGGCGCUGCCCCUUCCCACCUCGGCCAGCCUUCCCUGGACACUGCCUGCCCCAACUUCCACAGUUCUCCGAUCCCCUGCAGGCCUGGCUCAACCUGGGACCUCUGUCCCCCAGCCCCACCCCUGCGUCACAUUUCAAGGCCCUCCCACGGAAGAAGCUCGUCUGCCUCCCGGGGCGCCUGUCCAGCCUCGGCAAAAGCCCCACCUUCCUCCUCCUGGACCGCUGCCGCUUCUGCCACCAGCCCUUGAGCUUCCUGGAGUCGGAAACACCCAGGAAGAAUGACCCCUUCUCCCAGGUGGGGCCUGGGGUUGGGCACAGCAGGAACGAGGCCUCCGGACUCCCAAGAGCCCCCAGGCGCCUCUGUGGGGGCCGCCCCUCCCCCUGGCUCCCCCGCAGGGCUCUCAGGAAGAUCUGCGUGGUUCACGGAACUCUGGGGGAAGGGGAUUCCUCCUGCAAUGGCAGAAAGGCGCCAAGAGCUAUUGGGAGGGUUGGGAAGGAGCAGACGAAGACUGGCUGUGCCAGUGCGGGAACGGGUGCCUGGCCACACGUUCAGCCCCUGCCCCCAGCAGGCACCGAGCCACACCCUGCACUCGUGAUCCUGUGGACUCAGCUUCCUGGCACCACCUGCCCUGAGAGGCAGGGCCACACAGCCAAGGUCCCCAGCCACAGUUCACAGCGUCCGGUGGCGGGUUUAAUGCCCUGGAGCCGGCCGGGCAUGUGAUGCUCAGGAGGGUCCAGCGAGAGUUCUCCACAAGGCGGGGUCCUCUGCCCAGCGCCAUCCUGCCCCCGGCCCGUGGGCCCCCUCCACCCGGCCAGCCGCUGAGGCCCCACGCGACGCCCUGCCCGAGGUCUGCCAAGGCUGGCUGGCAUCAUUCUCACUAUGGUCUGUGGCUUUCAGAUUCUGCAGGAAGUCACCUCUCCAGCUUCUUUUUCAAAGUUCACUGAAUUGCUUCAAAGUUUCAAGGUUUGAUGUGGAUCUUCCAUGUAUAUUUUAGAACUUAAUGAGUUCCUCAAAGAAACAAACACACGCUGAAGAGGACUGUGCCGGAUUCGGCACCCCCUUCCCGCCCCUUCAUCACUCGCGUAGUCUGUUGAAGAAGAGGUGCUGGGCUCCAGUUUGCGGCCCAUGCCGGGAAGCCUCCUCUGCCUGGGGCGCCUCCCACAGGGGCCACAGGGCCACCCUGCCAGCUGCCGCCUGGGGUGCCGCCUGGCACCUUCCUCCUCAGAUGCGUCCUCACCUGGAGCGUCUGGGCCCUCUUCCUCCUCCUGAGCGGGGGGGCUCCGCGACUCGCCUCUGCUCCCGAGGGGCUCCGCUGACCCUGCGUUUACCACGGACUUCACGGAGCAGCUUCGGCUCCUUUGCUGCCACACCAAGGUGACGGCACGCAGCCCGCUUCCCCCUCUACCUCCCAGACCGGGCAGACAUGACUGCGCGGUGCAGCUGCCGACUCUUUGGGGGGUGUAUUCUGUAUCUUGUCAAGAAUUCUGGCCUGCAUUAUGGACAAUGCUCAGGAACUUGUGGCUCAAACCAGUUUCAUACCAAUUGUCCUGGAACUAGUUGGCAGGCAGAGACCACAGCCCCACACCCACACCAGACACGUCCAGGCUGCGUGUGGUCAGGGAGGCCACUGCCGCUUCUCCACCGGCGCCCUUUCCUCAGCUCCGCACUUGGACUCAUCUGUGGUUUGGCUGCGCAACUCCUCCGAAAACCCUUCCACGGCAACGGCAUGCAAAUGCCGAACGCUUGUGCCUUUGAAGGUGUCUCCGUCCUCAGGGUUUGGUCAGGGGCAGAAUUCUAGGGGGACAGUCCAGGAGCCCUGUCUGGGGCCAUGACCCUCAUAAGCCCUCCUUCCUUUUUAGGAGUUUGCUCUUCUAUCGGUGGACACUCACAGAUUCGGAUCACACAAUUUAUUCUGGCAAAGACUAGAGUCAGGACCAGACACGUCCCUAACCCUCGGCCGACCACCCACGCCUACAACUUCCCUGGCAGGGGACAAGCUGUCGCCGGGCCUCGGACAUGGGCUCCCUGGCCUGGGGCAGUCUGUCCAGCAGAGUCCUCUGUGACGAUGGAAACAGGUGGCCCCUGGCAACAUGUGGCCACUGGGCACUCGGAAUGUCACAAACACAACCACGGCCUGAAUGCCUGUCAUUUUAACAGACUUACAUUUGAACUGAAGCAGCCACGUGUGGCAGUGAGCAGCUCCCAUAUUGGGCAGGGCGGCUCCGGAAUCCUGCAGUAGGAGGGACCCUUGGUGACCCCAUGAUUCAGUCUGAUUCUGCAGAAGGGGGACUGAGACCCAAGGAUGACAGGGUCCUUGUGGCAUCACAUUCAGGCCCCAGGGGGCUGUUGAUGUAAAUCUGAACAGAGCCUGAUGAUGGGGUAACAUGGGAGGUAACAGCGUGAGGAUCCGGAGGGGGGCUCAUGCUGUGAGAGCAGCCCUGCGCUCGGGGAGCCAGUGGUCUCCUCUCAACCGCGCGGGCACUACCGGCCUCAGAGCUGGGUGGGUGGGUGGGGGCAUGCCCGGGGAGGGCUUGGGGGCCACAGCACAGGGCCACCACCCCCUGCUCACAGCUUUCUGUUUUUUAAUACAUAUAAUUGGGAAUAAACCUGGCUGAGAAGCUCUGGCCGAUAGGCCUCGAGGGCCCCAGAAUGGCCUAGUUCCCCUGCACCAGGAGCACCGGCCCGCCCUUGCCAGGCAGGGCUGGGGCCUCCUCCCAUCAGAGGACACAUGGAACGAGGGGCCAGUGGCGGGACAUGGGGUACCCGGACCGUGGGACAUUAG